AUGGUAGCGAUUUUGCGGCUCGAGUCCAGCCCUGUCAAGAUCGAAGUAGAUUUUGAUAAAAGAAAUGGCUCGGCGAAGGAAACCACCAGAGCACUUCCGAACCUCCUAAACGAAACCAACCGCACGCAGGCCACAGCCAUGGAUCACAGCGUCAAGGCGAUGACCUCUCCGGGUCUGCUCACCCGCAUCUUGAAUCCCCAUCGCUUCGAAAACGACGAACUGGAGCAGCUCUACCAGCGCUACAUCUGCAAGCUGCAACACUCCAGCGUCGCCGCCGUGGUGGCGCUCUUCGUCAUCCUGACGUUCCUGCUGGCCAAUUUGGGGCUGGUGUACGCGCAAGCCGCCACCGCGCAGAACGUCUACCACGCCGCCCACUGUCUCCUCUUCGCGCUGCUGCUGGUCUUCUUGCACACCAGGUUCAUGCAGGAUGCUUAUCUGCUGUGGGUGUGCUACGUGGUGCUGUUCUUCCUGGCGACGUUCUGCGCUCUAUCGCUGCCUCUCUACCCGUCCUCGACGGUGGCCAAGGUGGCGGCCGAGGGGACCUGGCAGGUGGUGUUCGUGGUUUUCCUGGCGUACGCCAUGAUGCCGCUCAAGAGUUACGUGGCGGCCGUCUUCGGGGUGGCCCUCUGCACGGCUCACGUUGUCGUCGCUGCAGUCUCCGCCACCGCCUUUCGAUACCUCCUCUGGCAGCAGCUAAUAGCGAACGUCACAGUUUUCCUAUGCGUGAACAUCGUCGGAGUUUUCAUGCACAACUUGAUGGAGCACGCGCAAAGAAAGGCCUUUUUGGACACCAGGAAUUGCAUAGCGGCCCGCUUGGAGAUGGAAGACGAAAACGAAAAAUUGCAGGAAACUAUACUGAGAGUUUCGUUUUUCCAUUCGCAGGAACGGCUUCUCCUGUCUGUGCUGCCGCAACACGUCGCCAUGGAGAUGAAAAACGAUAUUAUUUCGCCGGUCGAAGGUCAAUUUCACAAAAUCUACAUUCAAAAACACGAGAAUGUUAGUAUAUUAUUCGCGGAUAUCGUCGGUUUCACCGUUUUAGCUUCCCAAUGCACGGCUCAGGAACUAGUGAGGCUUCUCAACGAGCUCUUCGGACGAUUCGAUCAACUGGCAAACGACAACCACUGUCUCAGGAUAAAGAUUCUCGGGGAUUGUUACUACUGCGUCUCGGGGUUGCCGGAGCCGCGCUCCGACCACGCUCACUGCGCCGUGGAGAUGGGCCUGGACAUGAUCGACGCCAUCGCCAGCGUCGUCGAGGCCACCGAUGUGCAGUUGAACAUGCGCGUGGGCAUCCAUUCGGGCCGGGUGCUGUGCGGCGUGCUGGGCCUCAGGAAGUGGCAGUACGAUGUCUGGUCUAACGACGUCACCUUGGCCAAUAACAUGGAAGCCGGAGGGGAACCCGGACGGGUUCACAUAACUCAAGCUACAUUGGAUUACCUGGGGGGUGAAUACGAAGUUGAACCCGGCAACGGUACCUCCAGGAAUCAGUACCUAAGAGACCACUGCGUCACCACGUACUUCAUAGUGCCUCCUGCGAGGAGGAGAAAGCCACUGUUGUUCAACACGCUGCAGGUCCGGUCGGCUUUGGGAGCCGCUCAACGGAGGAAGCUCUCCUUCAAGAACGUCUCCAACGUGGUGGUGCAGCUGCUCCACUCCAUCAAGUACUCCAUGGAGGUGCCGUUCUCCAACAUGGCGCUGCAGGCGGAUUUGAAGGCCACCAACGCCAGAAAGGAAGACGACGCCGUGUCCUACCAAUCCGAACGUAGCGUAAUGGAAGAUUUGGAUAAAUCGAAAUAUUACACCAAACAGCGCCAGGAUUCUUCCUGCGAUUGCUACGACAGGUCCGAACCUUUCUUACCUUCACAAGAAGACGAAAAAAGCAUUUACCAAGAAAAAUUCGAAGAAGAAAAUGAAGGAAAAAACGAUUGCAAAUAUUGUGCUGCUGAUGCGCGUAGAAAAGUGCUAGACCUUCAAAGGGCCCUACACGCAGAGCCUGCAUCAACGUCGGCUGAAACUAGCAGCAAAGUGCUAGAACUGCAAAGGGUGCUACAUAGGGAAAUACCGCCCUCUCAAGAAAAUUGUCCGCCUAGAGAAGAUCCGAAUAAUAAGGUUACUGAAAAAUUUAAGAGGCCGUUCAAGAAGAGGCACUCUAGCGUUUACCACCAGCCGUCUAAUAGGGUUAACAAAUAUUUGGCCCAAGCCAUUGAGGCACGGAGCGUGGAUAGGGAGAAAUCGACGCACGUUAAUUUAAUUACUCUCUGUUUUAAAGAUAGACAAAAAGAGGACCAGUAUCACAACGACAUCGACGUGGGAUACAGUUCGACGUUAGCCUGUGCCUUGGUUCUAUUAGUAUUGCUCGGCACCGUCCAAGCCACCAUACUGCCCAGAACCACGAUUUUGUUCAUUUUGUUUCUAGUUGCCUUCGUUUGGAUAGCCGUGGUGCUGAUGUUACUGCUGGCGGUACGUUUGCGCUGGAUCCUCUGGGACAUAUCCCAAAGUUUCGUUCUAAGACUGGCCAUUACCGUGUUUACCAUUAUAUUGGUAUACGCCGUCGCGCAAGUUAACGUCUUCACGUGUUUACCGGACGUAAACUGCUAUUCCCAAACAACGGCGAACAUUACGUUGGAGGGAAGGGACCACAGGGCGUGCCCCCUGCCGCAAUACAUCGUCCUAUCGUGUGCCCUUGGAUAUUUGGCUGUGGCUAUAUUUUUAAGGCUUCCGAUUUUACUCAAAGCUUCGCUGUUGAUCAUCAUGUCGACUGUGUACAUACUACACAUUGAACUCUCUCACAUUGACCUCUUCCUGUGCUACGAUAUUAGAGUUAGCGUGGUGGAGGUGCUCAUGUUCGUUUUGGCGGUGUUCAUACACGGUCGACAAGUCGAGUGGACGGCCCGGCUGGAUUUCCUGUGGCAGAUCCAGGCGAACGAGGAGAAGCGCGACAUGGACGCGCUGCAGCACUCGAACAAACGGAUACUGUUCAAUUUGCUGCCCGCCCACGUGGCCACGCAUUUUCUGGACAACCAGUUCCGGAACAACAUGACCACUCUAUCGCAGGAACUCUACCACCAGAGCUAUUCUCGCGUGGGCGUCGUGUUCGCCUCGAUCACGAACUACCACGAAUUCUAUACCGAAUUGGACGGCAACAACCAGGGCGUCGAGUGCCUGCGGCUGCUCAACGAAAUCAUCGCCGACUUCGACGAUUUGCUGUCGGAGGAGCGCUUCAAGGCCAUCGACAAGAUCAAAACGGUCGGCUCCACGUACAUGGCCGCCGUCGGCCUGAUGCCCGACCUCCGCAUCCUCGACGACGACGAAACCACCGCCGCCACCCACCUGACCACCCUGGUCGAAUUCGUGUUCGCCAUGCGCGACCGCCUGCUCAACAUUAACGAGAACUCUUACAAUAAUUUCAUGCUGCGAGUGGGCAUUAACAUCGGCCCGGUGGUGGCGGGCGUGAUAGGCGCCCGGAAGCCCCAAUACGACAUUUGGGGCAACACGGUGAACGUGGCCAGUCGCAUGGACUCCACCGGCCUGCCGAACCACACGCAGGUCACCGAGGAGGUGUUCCAGGUGCUGCGCACCCACCCCUACGAGUUCCAAUGUCGCGGCAAGGUGAAGGUCAAGGGAAAGGGGGACAUGACGACGUAUUUCCUGAUCGACAGGAAGCAGCCCGGCACGCUGAGGAUCGAGGAGCUGAGCAGCUUGAGGUCCAGCGUUAACAAUGCGAACAAUAUUAACAACAUGUAUGGAGGUGUAGCGACGCCUUUAGUUCUACUGCACCACAGCGACUUGAACAACGGUCGUGCCAAGCACAACUCCAUUCAAUCUCGUCAAUCGUCCCGCGAGGAUUCGUAUACAGUCUCCAGAAACGCCAUGCGGCUGCCGCCUCUCAGAGAAACCGCCUCGCAUCACGUCAACGGCUGCGAAAACGAACCGUUGCUGCCCAAUUGCCGAAAUAACAAGAAAAAAUCAGCACCGUCAGAAGAAAGCCUACCUCCGCCUCCUUUACCGCCUCACAAAAACAACACUCACAAUUCUCACAUAUCUCAUAACACACCGUUGCAGUGUACACCGGACAUGAGGUAUAACCCCCCUUGGCCCGUGGAUAACACCAAACCAUAUCUAAAACCAUUACCGAAACCUCCCGGAAAAGAAUCGCCUAACAGACAUAACAGAAAGCACAACAUCGCUCCGAUACCCCCACCUCAUCAAAACAUCCAGCGUACCCCGCCGCUCACCCCGGAGCUCCUGCGCUCCAAAAUGCAGACGCGCCACGCGCCCCUCGCCCAUCCCCGUCAUUCGCCCCAUCACCAACGCCACAGCCCCCUGCAGCGCCACUACUCGGACGAGAGCCUCGGCGGCGGCGCCUACAACGCCGGCGUCCCGCACAGGAUCCACUCGUCCGCCGACGAAAUCAGCAGCCUCAACCACUCGCCGAGCAUCAGCAGCUCGGACGAGAGCUACAGCCGCACGACGGACGCCGACGCCAGCCCGUGCGUGUCGCCGCCGCUGCCCGCCGACGCCCAGCAGUACCUCUACCCCUCCGACAUCCAGGUGAACCCACUGUCGUCGCCGGAAGUAUCGCCGCGGGCUUCGUUGGAUUACAUUCCGCCGAACUGCUCGUUGAAGAACAACCAGGACAACAAGAGGAACAACCUGCCGCCGAGCGCGUUGCUGGCGCUCGCGAGCACCUGCAACACGGUGAAUUCGUCGGUGGUGACCAGCCCGCCGGUGCUCGACGGCGAGGACAGCUGCAGGGGCGAGAGCUGCGCCAGCUUCGAGUACGUCACCAAGACGGCGCCGUUGCUGCGCAGCGUCUCCAGCAACGGCGCGCGCGGCGCCAAGAAGAUACUCAAUUUGGACAAGUACAGGACGAGGAACGACAGCGAUUCGAUACUGGAGUGCAACAUACUCGCGUCGGCUUGCAAGCGCUCGCCGAGCUUCAAAGAAGCCGACGAGAUUCGGCAGUUGUUGGCCCGCGACGAUGAUAACAAGACGACCGCUAGCAGCGACAGGAGCUCGAGGAAGGACGGUUGUUGCCAAACCGACAAAAAAGACAUCCGAAAACUCAGGAGCCCUGUACUGUUCAGAGAGAGAACCAGUCCGAACAACAAAAUAAGCAACAUCCCGUUCGAAAGGGAGAUACAGAAGCUGCUCGACGAGCAGAACUUGCUGCAGAACAUCCCGCCGAAGCUGGAACUGAAAGAGCUGGCGCUGGAGCCGCUAGUCAGGUACGCACCGAACAACAACAAUCACCAAGUGGGUCUGGCGGCCAUACAGGCGCUGGCGCUCGGUUUGCGCCAAAACAACGGCGCUAACGCGGCGAAUACGAACGUCGCCAACGUGUCGCCCUCGCCGCGAGCAAGCAGCAAGGAGGGGUCGCUAAAGCGCGGGGCUUCGCCCGGUACGCCCGGACAGGACGGCAUUAAAUUGGCCAAAGUGUCGCCCCUUGACAGGUGCCCGAGGACCGCCGAAGAGGACGAGGAGGACGGGGAGGAAGCCGAUUUAGACUGUGAUAUGCCCGAGAUUCGGCGCCACGACGACGACACCGACCUGGAGAGCUUCGAGCGCGAGGAGAGACAGAUGGAAGAGGAAGCCGCAAAGGAAGCCGAAGUGAAGCGGUUGUUGGAGGAGAAAAUCCAGGAGAAGCUGCGGAAUCUGGAAAACAUCGCGCUGGAACCAUUGGGACAGGAACGAACCAGCACCGCGGUGGAGGGCAGCCCGUCCGAGUGGUCAGAAGACGAAGACGGCGGCGCCUCCGAGCCCCUUCUCAACGACAGAGAAUCCACCGGCUACACCACCGACGAUCCCGCUUUGGAGAACAUCUCCAUGAUCAACGAGACCGGAUUAACCGACGCAGAAGGCGCUCUGAGCGACGUGAAUUCGGCGUACAUCGACCACAACCACGACGUCGACAUGGACGACAACACGAGCAUGUCGUCGCGGGCGUCGUCGCGCAUCUUCGACUCGGACGCCAUGAUGUCGCUGGACUCGCUGAGCGCGCUCUACGACUCCGAGUACGACAACUGCUAUCGCACCGACGACGAUCUGAACGCCAUGCCGGACCUCGACCGGCUCAACUACUUCUCGGUGCCCGCCGACGACGUGCACCUGCAGAACAUCCGGUCGAUGAGCGAGAGCAUCACCAGGAACUUCGGGCAGCCGCGCAGCGACAGCGAUCCGGACAGCGACGCGUGAAACGCCCCGUUCGCUGGACUGUAAUCCCGAUAAAUGCGAGUAAGAUUGUUAGAGCGCGCUGAUGAGGAUGUAGGUGAGUUGGGAACAUAUCUGGCUCGUAGUGGAAUUAGUUCUGUUUGUUUUUUUAUUAAUUUAGAACGAGUGUAUUCGUAGAAAUUGACUCGAGAAGUGUAAAUAAUGUACAGACGGUUAAGACGCUAUUUAAAGGUACAAAUUGUAUAUAAUCGAGCAUCCUCUUAGUCUAAUUCAUACAUAUCCAACCCUUAAAUACUCUAAAUAUAGUAUUCAAUAAAAUUGUUUGUUUAAAUAGGUUGGAAACCUCUUAAUUAUAUCAUAUACAGUCAAUUCGAGCGAUUAGUAAAAUCUCAUUAAAAACCUUUGAUGUAUAAUAAUGUAGUCUUAACCGUCGAAAUUAAUCGAUAAGGGUGCUGUGAAGCAUUGAAGGGGCUGAUUUUUUUGUGAUCAUUUAUUAUUAUGUACUUUAUAUUGUUAUUAAGGGUGGCUCUCUAUGUAUCCUUUCGAGGCGUAGACUCGUCGUUACUUCCCUAAUUGGGUCAAGUACCAAAGAUGCAAGUAUUUAAAGUGUAAUUUAUUAUAUUCAUCGUAAUUAACAAACUGCAUAUUAUUUUUGAGGGAAACGAAUUUUGAGUGAAAGGGAGUUUAAUAUGUCGUUGGAUUUGUAUAAAUGUUAAUGGUAGUUUUCGUUACUUUUAUUAAUUAACAGUGGAAUCAUGUAGAAUUAAACCAUUUAAAACGUAAUCUAUAAACUUCCUUUUAUCGAAUAAAUUAGUUGAAUUAAUUAAGUUCUAUACUGUUACCAAAAUGCAAUACAUUUUUUUUGUAAUGUUAUGUUUGUACUUUACAAUUUUGUUUGAAAAUUUGUAAUUAAGUUUAAAGCGAUCGUAUAUUAACGUUAAACUUUUUUACAAAUAACUAUUGUUUAUAUUAUUUUUGUACUUAUUUGUAUUAAGAUUUGUUCUAUUUUUUUCUUGCGAAUUGUGCUUUCUAAUUACUUUAUAGACCGCUCAAAUCCAAUUUGGCGGUUCAAAUUUGAAUGUCUUAGCAGUACAGGAAUGCAAAUCAUCGAUCAUAAUCUGUUAUAAAAAUUAAGUUACUCUUCAACACUUUUAAGCUCUUAUCAAAGAGUAAGAUAUUCUUCUGCUACUCGAAGUAUUAGUUAUAAGUCUUGUACUGUUAAUGCAAGUAACUUUGGAAUUACAAUCGUACUAAAGUAAUGAGAAAUAAAUGGAAUAGAGUGUACCAUUUUAUAAAUUUGAAUCCGAAUUACUAUAAUGUGGUUCACUCUAGUUUUCAUAGUCGAAUGAACCUCGUUUUUAUUUUCUGUGAUCACCAUUCGAACCUAUAAGCACUCAAGAUGAUAUUGGUGGUGUGUAAAUAUUAAAAAAUAUAUAAAUAUUUCUAUUUUUCUUAAAUGUUCGAAUAUAAUUCUCAAUGUUGAAAAUUUUUAAUUGUAUUUAAAGUUUUCCGUUCUUAGCGUUUGUUGAAAAACUUUUUUCUACUUUUUAUCUCUGUAAAAGCAUUACAUAUAUCUAUAGUGUAUGUUGAAAAAUGUUUUAUUAAUUUAUUAAUUGCUUAAUGA